CAAUAAUUAGUUGAGGGCUUCUUCUCUCUCUCUCUAUUUGCAUCCAAAGCAGCACAUAUACUCAUUUUGGUUCAAACCCUAGAUUCUCUUUUUCGGCUGCAUACUUCUUCACUGUGAGAGAGAGAGGAGAGGAGAAAUGGUGUCCGGAUCAGGAGUCUGCAAACGGGUUGUCGUUGUCGAUGCUCGUCACCACAUGCUCGGACGUCUAUCGUCGAUUCUAGCCAAGGAGCUUCUCAAUGGUCAGAAAGUCGUCGUCGUUCGUUGUGAGGAGAUCUGUCUUUCCGGCGGCCUUGUUCGUCAGAAAAUGAAGUAUCUUCGUUUCCUCCGCAAGCGCAUGAACACCAAACCUUCUCAUGGACCUAUCCAUUUCCGUGCCCCCUCUAAGAUCCUCUGGCGUACCAUCCGAGGGAUGAUUCCUCAUAAGACCAAGCGUGGAGCUGCUGCUCUUGCAAGAUUGAAGGUUUAUGAAGGAAUUCCCCCUCCUUAUGAUAAAAUCAAAAGAAUGGUUAUCCCUGAUGCUCUCAAAGUUUUGAGGCUUCAAGCUGGACACAAGUAUUGCUUGUUGGGAAAACUUUCGGCAGAGGUUGGAUGGAACUAUCAUGAAACAAUAAGGGAAUUGGAGGAGAAGAGAAAAGAGAAAGCUCAGGUGGCAUAUGAGAGGAAGAAGCAACUGGCUAAGUUGAGAGUGAAGGCUGAGAAGGCUGCUGAGGAGAAACUCGGCUCUCAGUUAGACAUCCUUGCUCCAGUGAAAUAUUGAAGUCCAUGUUUGUCACUGAUUUUCAAGGGGUGCUGUUGAUCUUAGAAUUAACCUCAUCUCGGUUCUUUGUUGCUGUUUGAAAGACCUAUUUUCUUCAUUGCAUUAUUAUAAAUUUUAGAUUCUGUGCCA